GUGACCUUUUUUCUUCCUGGUUAUGAAUAUCUGUGUCUAUUUUUACUACUUAGAAAAAUGUAUUACUAGUGAUUUCAGAUAUCACCAUGGCCACUAAUACAAAUAUUUGUGGUAUAUGUUCACUUCGACAGAUAACGAAAAGAUCAAAUCACUGGUGCCCGGAUUGUGAAGAAGCCAUUUGUGAUGAGUGUAAAGAACAUCAUGAAUUACUGAAAGCCACCCGAACUCACGAACCCAUACCAAUUUCAAACUACAGGUCACUUCCGGCAUUCAUAACUGAUAUACAGCAAUCAUGUGUCUAUCACAAUGAAAAGUAUUUACAAUACUGUGUUGAACACGUGUUACCGAUUUGUUUCAAAUGCAUCACAGACCAUCAGAAAUGCACGGUCAUUCCACUUGAGGACGUCACUAAUAAUGCCAGAACAUCCGAGCAAUUUCAAGAUUUAGAGAUCAGAUUGGAAGACUUAAUGAAAAACAUUGACAGAAUAAAGAAAGACAGAAAGGCUAAUGUGGCUAGUAUUCAAGAAAUGAAGAAAAAACAUGUUGCAGAAAUUAGGCAGAUACGUAUUCAAAUAAACAAACAUUUAGAUAAACUUGAAAAACAAAUUAUUAAAGAUAUCGAAGAUAAGGGAAGUCAGUGUAAGAAGAAUAUUGAGAAGAUUUUGUCAUCGGUCACAGAAAAGGAAACCAGGAUAACUGAAUGUCAGGCCAAUGUCAAAAGCAUCAAACAGUAUGCUUCCGACCUUCAAACAUUUCUUGGAAUGAGAGAAAUUGAGGAGAAGGUUUUUGAAAAUGAGCAAUACCUGCAGUCUUUGAUAGAUGCAAAAAGUUUUGAUCAACUCUACCUAUUCUGUAAUGUAGACACCGGGGUGAAUAGUAUUUUGAACAGUUUGAAGAAUUUUGGAUCAAUUGAAAUAGAGAAGCGGGCUAGCAACAUCGGUUUUAGCAGAAUGAAAGACAAUCAAGCACAGUUACAAGUAGUAACGGCGUCAAAAUCCAUUGAAAAUGUUAAGUUAAUUCUACAGAAGAAAGUUACAACACGUGAGAAUAUUAGAAUAAGAGGUUGCAGUAUGUCAUUAAAUGGCGAUUUUUUCUUCACUGAGCAUGUCUGUCAUAAAAGGCUGAUAGUUAUUUCGUCAGACGGUAAUCUCAAAUAUAACAUGUCUCUUAAACCCAGUCAUGGGUUUGACUUAACAUUUACCGAUGAGACAACUGUCGCUAUUACAUCUGGAUAUUCACAGAACGAAACCGGUAUUAAUAUGAUAGACAUAGAGAACCAAAGUAAAAUAAAAUUCAUCAAACUUCCUAGUUAUCCAUACGGUAUAGCACGUGAUAGCGACUCGUUGUUUGUCUGUGUUCUAGGACAUGGUAUAUAUAAAGUAAAUACUCUGGAUGAUACUACUUCUCUAGUGAUCAGUUGUUACUUACCGCCUUAUUCCUACGUAUCUGUAUUUACCGAUAAUAUAUACUUUACCGACGGUGACAGUGUAGUUUGUUGUGAUCUCAAUGGAACACGUGUUUGGACUUUUAAAGAUGAUUCUAUUUUAAACUGUCCAACAGGCAUCACUGUAGAUAAUGAUGGAAACGUGUACGUUGUUGGAGAACGAUCGAGUAACGUGGUCAUCAUAGCAAACGAUCGAAAACACCACAAGGAAAUCCUGACUACAAAGGAUGGUCUCUGUCAGCCCUCUGCUAUCUUCUUUGAUAAACUGAAAAGGAAACUUCUUGUGGCAAAUAUCAACAACACUGCCUUCCUUUACAGUGUUACGUAAAGACAAUUGAAUAAAUAUAAAUCACGGACAUGACAUAAAAGUUCUGAAUAAAAUGCAAUUUUAUUUUA